AUGGCAAUCGAUGGAUGCUACACAAUAACGACGGCUGGCGGUGUCCGGACAAUAGCGGUGGUCCAACAAUACGGCGUCUCAUGGGAAGGUGACGCCAACGAUGUCUGCUCGGCUGCGGAUGAAAGAACUCGAUCUAACGGUAGCCGGCGUGUCCAAGACGGACGCAAUAGUGUCGGUGCGGUCCCUUCCCGGUUCACGGAUCAAAAGCCGCAACUCGGAGGAUUUCCACCAAGAGCGCGUGGAUCGACGAAAACGCUGGCCGAGAUGUCCAGGAAUUCCUCCGGAAGUUCCUCCAGGAAUUCCUCCGGAAGUUCCUCCAGGAAUUCCUCCGGAAGUUCCUCCAGGAAUUCCUCCGGAAGUUCCUCCAGGAAUUCCUCCGGAAGUUCCUCCAGGAAUUCCUCCGGAAGUUCCUCCAGGAAUUCCUCCGGAAGUUCCUCCAGGAAUUCCUCCGGAAGCUCCUCCAGGAAUUCCUCCGGAAGUUCCUCCGGAAGUUCCUCCAGGAAUUCCUCCGGAAGUUCCUCCAGGAAUUCCUCCGGAAGUUCCUCCAGGAAUUCCUUCGGAAGUUCCUCCAGGAAUUCCUCCGGAAGUUCCUCCAGGAAUUCCUCCGGAAGUUCCUCCAGGAAUUCCUCCGGAAGUUCCUCCAGGAAUUCCUCCGGAAGUUCCUCCAGGAAUUCCUCCGGAAGUUCCUCCAGGAAUUCCUCCGGAAGUUCCUUCAGGAAUUCCUCCGAAAGUUCCUCCAGGAAUUCCUCCGGAAGUUCCUCCAGGAAUACCUCCGGCAGUUCUUCCAGGAAUUCCUCCGGAAGUUCCUCCAGGAAUUCCUCCGGAAGUUCCUCCAGGAAUUCCUCC